AUUUUGAGGACCGGACGUGCGUUAAAUCACAUAUGACGGGGGGAUCGCUUCGACGUCGAAAUCUCCGUGCAAAAGGUGAGGAUUUUACCGUUAGUAACAUAUCUUUGAGUUCUCCUUUGGUGUCCCGCUUGGUCAACCGUUCGAUCCCUUCUGCCGACGUGUGAUCGCCUUCAAGCACAAGACUUUCCAUCCGGCAAUCGGUCUCUUCUCAAAUUGGAUCUUUCUCGUCGUGGACGUUUGGCGUGCGCAGGGUGGCUCGCACGGCCUCAGCUAUAGAUGUCAGGCGAUGGAGCCUUGCUUCCCACGCCUAUAACGGACUCGUUCCAUCUACUUAUACUAGAUCGCCACGUAGCAGCCACAGCUGCCUCCGCGACGUACAACAACUACAUAGCGAAUACCUCAGUGUCCCAAAGACAUAACACCAUACCACCUCCGAGCAGCUCGUUCAGCAAUGUCUACGGCGCGAUCCACUCCCGGACCACCUCGACGUUUAAUGUGCCGUACCAGAGUCCGUACCCGCAGAAUGCGCUCUCCAACCUCGUCCUCUAUGGCAUCCUAUCCGUGCUCGGGACGACGUUCAACGUCUUUGAGAUAUCGACGCUCAUCGUGCAAGAAUGCCUUCGACGACGAGGCAACCUACUGCUGGCCAAUCAGGCCUUAGCCAAUCUGAUCAUCACGGCCGGGUCGUUUCCAGUAAUGUGCGUGGCGAUCCUUGCGGUUAUGCAGGAUGAAAAGCCCGUCUGUCACGCCCAGUGGUUCUGCGCACUCAUGUCGUUCUUCAUUAAUAUCUUCAACUUUCUCUGUAUCGCGUUGGAGAACUAUGUUCGAUCCUGUCGACCUGAGGAAAUGGUGGAAGACGGUGCCGAGCUGGGCGACCGUCGAGUUUUACCCAUCGUGGCGACGAGGCCGGGUGAAUUCCGUGGCGUGUAUCGCACGCUUUGUGCCGCGCCGGUCGUCGUCAUACUUGUCUUUCUCGGGUGGGCCCUAGCGGCUGCCGCGUGCGCCGUCAGCUUCUUCGUUACGCAGGGCCUCGACAUUUGCAACAACGACAUGCGCCAGAGCCGGAUGCUGCUCACGCUGGCGGCGCCGAUCGCCUUCAGCGUUUUCGUAUUCGCCAAGGCCGUGAAUGAGCACCGCGAUUUCACGAUACACCUCGAGCUCCGGAACUGCUCAGCUACACGCGAGCAGAUCCUUCAGCGGCGCCUGUUGCGCACCAACUUCACUGCCUUUCUGCUAUUCAUUCUAUGCUGGUUGCCUUUUCUCAUGUGCGUCAUCCUCAAGCCGAGCCUGAAGUCAUCCAUCCGCGACAAUUUGUUCUUCGUUGCCCAGAGCUACUCUUGCGUGUGCCCGCUUGUCUACGGCGCGACCCACGACGCUUUCCGGCAGGGAUUCGUGUACCUCAUUCACUAUUUCUGUUGUAAAUCCCAUCCGGAGAUACCGAAGCCACCGGUGGCGCCCGAUGAUCGUCAACGCGCCGGCGCCGUCCGGGUGGGCAUGCGAAUGGUAGAGACAAGGCGGACACCGCCCAGGGGCACCAAAAUGUCCACGAUGGGACUGCUAAGCUUUGCCGGUGGAUCAGAAGUCAACAGGAUGCGAUAUGAAGAAGAUUUCCUAUAGCGGCGCUUCAAUACAAUGCAUAGAAAUAUGAUACGAAUAGGCCACAAACUAAAUAAAGAAGACGCGGACAAACGAAGUAGAGAUAGCGAAAAUAAAAGUCAAAGCAACAAAGAACAACAGAAGCGAAAUGACAAGAAAAAAAACUAUGGAGAAAUUGGGUUCACGCUGAUAAGAAAAGUGGACAAGAUAAGAUAAUGUUAAUAGUAAUUCUUUUGCAAGCAGAACAAUUAGUUGAUGAACAUUGAACAUGAAAAUAAUAAUAACAACGAUUUUAUACAUGGCGGUUAUCACAUGUUUUCCUAUUGCUACUGAAGCAACCAAUGCCAAUCUGCGUCUUCUCCCAGAUUCGUUGGGCCGACAAUGACCAAAUACGAACUAUAGCUGUCACAGAUACUCCAUCGCAAGCCGCUGUACGUCUAGUUACCGACCACCAACUACAAGGCAUAUAAGUACUACAAUUUUAGUGAGAAGUUACCACUGAAGAUAACUGAAAAAUUGUCGAAAUAAACGAGGAACUUAUCAAAAAGAAAACCAAAGUACUAAGGUUGAGUAUUUCUAUAGAGGAAAUUCUACUUUCGUCUCGUUAGAUCUGUCAAGUUACUAGCUUUCCCCAUGAACCGCUCGUAAAGUUCCCGUGAUUGAACUAGUAGAGAACUACUGCAGCUGUCCAUAAAGCUUCACAGUCAAUGCUACUUAGCUAUUGUUGGUUACAUGCAACAAGUGCGCUGGAACCCAGCUUUGGGAUUCUGUAUAUCGACAUCCUGCCGCCAACAACAACAACAACAACAACCGCUUACAUGGCUAAGCAAUCCAACAACUCUGUCUGUAUACGUAACGUUUUAGUUGGUGCGAUGACGCAAGGUGUUGUGGAGGACGAGGCCAGCGUCGAUAUCAAUCACGACAACAGCAGCAGUAAAAACAAUAAUAACAAUAGAAGAGGCCAAUGGUCUUCGUAGAAAUUGUAAUGAUCAUACAAACGAAAAUACAGGUAAACCCAUUAGGAAAGCCAACGCUGAGUAAACGCCAUGACUUCACAAAUAUCGCUAUAUUCUAAGUGAUCGAGAACGGCACAGUACAACACAGAUGAAAAAUAGGCGGACAACAAAACCAAAAAACCGAUGGGAGACUAUGCAACGAGGAUUAUAUAAUGAUUUGUUAAAUAUGCAGCGAACAGGAACAUCUACUCCUCUAAUUCUCAUUAUUUCCAUUGUUUUUAUUGAUAGUUAUAACUGUUAUUAUUGCAUUACACUAAGACAAGUCGCAAUUCAUAAAUUUACAAACAAGGGGUAAGAUGUCUAGGAGGAAAAAGAAAAAAGUUGCGCGUAAGUAAAAUCGAAGUUGCCAGUAAACAAUGUAUCACGUUUACUAAUCAAUUAGUGACAAUAUACCAGAAAAUAAAACGAAAUCACAUACUAUAGCAAGGUGGAAACACUAUAAAACAAAAACAUAGCUACAAGAUAUUCUGCGUUCGUGGUUACUCAAAGAUUACUGGAAUGAUCUAUUUAGUGGUAAUUUUCUUCACUCUGCAUGCAAUUAAACAUACGGAUACCUAUAAAACUAUCGAAAAUUAGAAGAUACAUGCGUAAAUAACGAACUAGUAAAAUAACAUGUUGCUAUCAACAUCGAUAAGAACGAAAAGGCCGAUUGAACCGAUCACGUCCAAACUGGUCCAGCUGGACGAGCCUGUACGCACAGCAAACCCAUCUAGAGAUAUUGUAAAACUAUUGAACUCCAGACGGCAAAUGAAGGAUAUAUAUAUAUAUAUAUAUAUCAAGGAUGAAGUGAAGAUAUUCACACAACAAGCAACAUUAUGACAAUAAGAUUAGAGGUUAAGAACAUCAAC